ACUGGAGACUAACUAUGUCUUAUCUCUGAGAAUGGGAGGAAGUGGGUCCAAAGCUAAAGGUGUCUGGCCUUUCUCAGGCAAUGGAGCUGGAGGGGAUUCAUCCAGUGAUGGGAGCGAGCAAUCUGUGGCUCGCCUCAAAGGUUCCAGACACGCCACACCGUUUGUUUUUACCAGGAGGAGUUCUUUGUACUAUGACGAGGACGGCGACCUUGCCCAUGAGUUCUACGAAGAGACGGUGGUGACAAAAAACGGAAGAAAAAAGUCCAAGUUGAAGAGGAUUCAUAAAAAUUUGAUCCCACAGGGACUUGUGAAGCUUGACCACCCCUGUAUACACGUAGAUUUCCCCGUCGUCCUCUGUGAGGUGUGAAAAGUUGCACUGGACUGAUCUACUAUGAAGUGCAGCAACAGGUCCUCUUCUCGGAGCAAUGUUUUGUCCCAGGGUCAAAGCAUAAAAGUCAAGAUUGGAGCCGUGGUCUGGAGAGCAAAAGGAACAUUCAAACUGUCGUAUAAAACUGAUAUACUGAAUGAAAUGUUAUACAUUUGAAUUCAACUUCGGUCAGAGGGUGCCCUGUUCACAGAAAUCCAUAUUUUGAUAUUCACGGAAGUAGCGUUGGUUCAGGUUGUGUGUCCACUACCCAGCUGAUAUGUAAGCAGUCUUCGAGAAUACAUACAAUUCAGUUGUAUUUCUCCUUGAUGUGAAAAAGGCUUUAACGGUUUAUGCCUUCUGUGAGACGUAGAGUGAAACUUUGUGUGUCUUUGUGUGUGUACAUGUGUGCACUUAGGUUUGUUUGAGUGAGUGUGUUUGAGACCGGGACGGAAGAUUUAGGUACAGGAUAGAAUAAUGGAUUGUGAAAUGUAUUAUAUAUAUAUAUAUAUAUGGUCAUGUAUUGUCAUCUCUGAGUCUGUCUCAGUAACCAGAGCUCAGACCUGCACUAGUGAACAUAAUGUACUGUAAAUAAUAUCAGAUUUCUUAGUUGGAAAUACUUGAAUAAAUGGUUUACUGAGCUGAA